AUGGAGACUCUCAAAGCUCUCAUUGAUGCAGCAGAGUCACGAAAUAAAUGCGUUCAUGAAGGUUCGAAUGAGUUAUAACAACAUAAAAUAACAGUAGGAUGUUCAGAGAACGAAAAUGAUGACGUUUCGUGUUCUGAGGCGCAAAUCUUUUCGAACUCUUUGGAACUUUCCGAGGUUGACUUCUGCAAUGAGAAUGACUUGGAUUGGGCCGAAAUCUCUGCCAAUUUGAGUUCGUUUCUCACUUAAAAAGGAGUCUAUUUGUUUUUAUAGGAGGAAUCAGAGGGGAAUCAGACGCGAAAAAGCGGAAAAAAGCUCGGAAAACAACGGAAGAAACUCGGGAAAAUGAUCGAAUCAGGGCGAAACUACGGCGUGCACGUAUGAAAGGUACAAUAUCCUCAAAAUUUCUUUUCAAAAUUUCUUUUCAGCUGCUCGAGAAUCUGGGGCUAUUGAGAAAGCUUCAUCUGCCGAUUCUCCAAGCCAGGAAGAAUGCGAAUUUGAUCCUAAAGGUUUUUUGUUUUCAGUUCACUGUUUACAACUCUUUUCUCCGAGUUUUUUUGAAUAUUUCUCAGGUUUUUCUGAAUUUCUGCGGUAAAUUCUUUUUGUCUUAAUUUAAAAAUUUCAGAUAAGAUUUCACAAUUUUCUCCGUCGGAUGCACCUCAGGAUCGAAAUUCUGUCGACGAAAGUGAGUCUCAGGAAUAUUCCAUCUAAUAAUUUCAGCUUUGAAGUAAAUCCACCCGGUCUUUCCUUCGAUGACGGGCCUCUCGACACGGAUUCCCUAGUGAAAGAGGCUUUGAAUUAUCGACCGAAAAAUGAAGAUCCGGGUGGGUUUUAUGAAAACGAAUUUUUUGCUUGAAAAUAAGAUGAUAAAUAAUUGAAUUUGCGAGCAGAAAAGUUGUUUUCCAAAUUUUUUAAAGUUAUUUUUGUCGCGAAUUUUACGAUUUUGAACUUUCAAGCUGUUCUCUGUUAUUUGCACAUGACAAAAAAACAAAGAAUUCGAUAGUUUAUUCAGAUUUUUUUCGCAAAAAGUAAAGGGAGAAAGUUCCAUUUUUUUAUUUUGCAUUUUUUUAAAAACUGAAAUUAUCCGAGCAUAAUGGAGGAAAAAAAUGCUUCCAAAAAAAUAAGUCUCAAAAAAAUUUUUUUAUUUUUUUGCAAAACAGCCAAAUUUUUUUAAAAGCAAAUCAGAUUGGCUUAUAUUAGAACUUAAGGUGGAAGGAUACGUUUAACCGAAACGCACAAAAAGUUUUUAGCCAUGAAGAGAAAUUUAGCCCAGAUAAAUUUAAUAAAAAUGUUUUCCCUAGAAAAUAAAAGUUUCCAGACACGCCUAUUAGCCACGAGCCGUACUCCACGACGAACUGCUACACGGAUUUGAGAAAACUUCCGAUCAGAAUCGUGGCGGGACUCGAGUAAUUCGAACCCCUUUCGGAUCUGCAUCAUUCCUGCAAUCGAUUGCAGCUCUCCUCCAUGUUUGACGUCCGGAGUGCCGAUGUUGAACGUCGACGCCUUGGCCCCAGAUUCCUCCUACACUUUUUACGUUCCUCACAACGACAUCACGAAACGGGAUCUCACAACUGAUGGCGCAGGUGUGAAACUGAGAAGUCUUUCAGAAAUCUGAUAACUCAAGUAGCCACUUGAAGGUAACUUCGAACUAGCUAAUUAGCAUAAUUGUUAUAUUCGACGUGACAGAAACCUUUCCGGUGUCUUUUUCUCAACCAUUAUUUUCAGGCUUGUGGAACCAAAAAGGCAAAUCUUCCACGUCGAGGCGCUACUUCUUCCGGAGUAACGGCACUACGGCCGGCUUGGGAAGUUUCGACUUCGAGGUCAAGAAAUACACAUCGAGGAACUCUUGGGCGAUUCCCAUUGGCUCCCUCAAAAGAAUCAUUUGGACGGCUUUGAAUAAGGCCGGAGAACCGAUCGGCGUCGCGAUUGUCUGCUACAUGACGGAGAAAGGUCGGUUCAAGUUUUUAAGACGAAAUGAAGCAUGUUUGAAAAUUAUAUUGAUCAAAAUAAUAUAUAUUUUCAUGUUACAUACCUCAUUACAUUCAGCGCGAAAUUUUGAACAGACAGGAAAAAAAAUCGUUCAGAAUUCUCAUUCGUUCAAAAGCGACGGCAUGGUAACUCGGUAUCGAAGGUGUCGUUUUACCAAAGAACUUUCCCCUCGGUCAUCCAUUCCGUCGAUCGACAACGGGCCAACCAAACUCCGCGGGAAAUCGCCGCCGUCAGCGCCCCUCUGGCCUGUCUCGACGGACGGCUUCUGGUCAAGCCCGAACAAGUUUAUAAUAGGUACUUUUCAUUUGGAAACAUCAUCGUUAUUCCUCUUUUCCAGGCCAAAAUCUAAAAGAGUUUUCAACGCUUCCUUAUACCGCGAAAAAGAAGAAAACUACGAUACAGGACUAAUUUCGGUUCGAUUUUUUCCAUCUUUUUUUUUCUAUAGUGAAAUAAUCGCUUUCCAGGGUGUUCUAAACGGUUCCCUUUCUACUCACGUGUAA